CCCCCGGGAGCCUUUGGCGCGCCUGCCCGGACUGUUGCUCGGCGGCCCCGAGAGAGCGAAGGCAGCGGCGGCGGCGGCGGCGGCGAGGCGCGCUCCUGCCCGCUCGCUCGUGCAGGAGGAGGAGGAGGAGGAGGAGCGGCGGCGGCGCCAGGCAGCCAUUCAGCCAGGCCCGGGCGCCUCUGCCGCCCGCGCCAUGUCCCGCUCCAACCGGCAGCGCGAGUACAAGUGCGGCGACCUGGUCUUCGCCAAGAUGAAGGGCUACCCGCACUGGCCCGCCCGGAUCGACGAGAUGCCGGAAUCCGCCGUGAAAUCAUCCUCCAACAGAUACCAAGUCUUUUUCUUUGGGACUCAUGAAACGGCAUUCCUGGGCCCCAAAGACCUCUUUCCGUACGAAGAGUGCAAGGCGAAAUUCGGCAAGGCCAACAAGCGGAAAGGCUUCAGCGAAGGCCUCUGGGAGAUCGAGAACAACCCGACUGUCAAGGCCUCGGGAUACCAGCCCACCCAGAAGAAGGGCUCCACGGAGGAUGCGAAAGCCCAGCGGGAGCCGGAAGGCGAGAAGAAAGGCAGCCCUGAGGGGAGCAGCGAUGACGAAGGCAACCUGGUGAUUGACGAGCAGUCCAAGGAGAAGAACGAGAAGGCCGGGAACAAGAGGAAAGCGGAGGGCGGCCUGGAGGACUCUUCCCCCAAACGCAUCAAGGAAGCGGAAGACCAGGAAGAUGCCGGGGAGAAGCCGGGAUGUGAAGAUGCCCCCAAGGAGGCGGCAGAGAAGCAGAAGACCAGCCUCCCGGAGGCAGGGGCCAAGGCCAAGAACAGCAGCAGCACCACCAAUCCCUCCGCCAUGCCAGGAGCCGAGGACAAAGGGAAGGAGAAAGCCCCUACUGAGGAAGAGGAGGAGGAGGAGGAAGAAGAAGAGGAGGAGGAGGAAGAAGAGGAGGAGGAGGAGGAGGAGGAAAGCAGAGAUCACAAGGAGAGCCUGUAGCCGGCCGGCCCAUUCUGCUCUUCCGGCCCGAUCCCGACCUGCUGGUUUCCCUGGGUGCUAAGAACCGGAUUUCGUCGUCCUUGGCUUGCCGCCUCCUCCGCCGCCUGCGGGGAACGGGGUCAAGAUCCACCUUUCUACAGAAGCAAAAGGAAAUUGUCCUGCCCGGCCAACCUGCAUCUCUCCUGGCCAGCCGUUUUGCUGGCCCUGCGCUUUGAGUUAGUCAUUUCUAGGGGGUUGGGAGCGCGCUGAUCAGCCACUUUGAAAUAAAAGCAGUGGAAUGCCUUUUUAAAAAAAACAA